CGUGAUGCUACGCCUAAAUUUCUGCGGUCCUCCGACGACGAUGCUAAAGCAUUAGACGAUGCCGCAGCAAUCAAUACGAUCGACAGUGCUGCUGCGGAAUUUAGGCAAUGGAAGUACAAGCAGUGCCGCAGCAGUGCCACAAACAUUGUGGAGAACAAAACAUCAAUGUCGCGCAUCGUGUGCCAAAUAAAGACCUCAACCUCAAUGUCGCGCAUCGCUGCAAGUGGUACAAAAUUAAUAAUAAUAGAGAAUGUAGCGUGCGUGGACAGUGCGAUGUAG